UCCCCCGCCGUCCCGGUCGCUGUUUCCUGUCCGGCCGGAGGGGGCUCGUGUCCCUGCCCUGCGUCCCUGCGCGCGCGCGCCCCGCCGCGCGCCCAGCCGCCCGCCCAGCCGCCGCCCGCGCGCCCAGCCGCUGCCCCGCGCCCAACCGCCGCCGCCAUGGCAAUGAGACAGACCCCGCUGACGUGCUCGGGGCACACGCGGCCCGUGGUGGACCUGGCCUUCAGCGGCAUCACCCCCUACGGCUACUUCCUCAUCAGUGCCUGCAAGGAUGGUAAGCCUAUGCUACGUCAAGGCGACACAGGAGACUGGAUUGGAACAUUUCUAGGGCAUAAAGGUGCUGUUUGGGGUGCUACUUUGAACAAGGAUGCCACUAAAGCAGCUACAGCAGCAGCUGAUUUUACAGCCAAAGUGUGGGAUGCUGUGUCAGGGGAUGAGCUAAUCACUUUGGCUCACAAGCACAUUGUCAAAAGUGUGGAUUUUACACAGGAUAGUGAUUAUCUGUUAACAGGUGGACAAGAUAAAUUGUUGCGUAUCUAUGAUUUGAGUAAGCCAGAAGCAGAACCUCAGGUUAUCAGCGGGCAUACUUCUGGCAUUAAAAAGGCUUUAUGGAGCAGCGAUGACAAACAGAUUCUUUCAGCUGAUGAUAAAACUGUCCGCCUCUGGGACCGGAAUACCAUGACUGAAGUACAGGCAUUAAAUGUUGCAAUGUCAGUAAGCAGCAUGGAGUAUGUUCCAGAAGGACAGAUACUUGUGAUAACCUAUGGGAAGACCAUUGCUUUUCAUAGUGCAGAAACUCUAGAGCAGAUUAAAUCAUUUGAAGCUCCUGCUACAAUCAAUUCUGCAUCACUUCACCCUGAGAAAGAAUGUUUGGUUGCAGGUGGUGAAGAUUUUAAACUCUAUAAAUAUGACUAUAAUACAGGAGAAGAAUUAGAAUCUUACAAAGGACACUUUGGUCCCAUUCACUGUGUGAGAUUUAGCCCUGAUGGAGAGUUAUAUGCCAGUGGCUCUGAGGAUGGUACACUAAGGCUGUGGCAGACAACAGUAGGGAAAACCUAUGGUCUUUGGAAAUGUGUAGUUCCUGAAGAAGAGAAUGCAGAAGCAGCAAAAGCAAGGACCACCCUUCCAGGAACUGCAGAGGAGGAAUUAGAAGAUCUUGCCUCUGAAAACUCAGAUUCAAUGUACAGCUCAACUCCUGAAGUUAAGGCCUGAGUAUCACAACUGCUACGCAACAUACGGACAUAUGAGACUAUAUCAAGUGAACAGUGAUAAGCGGCAGCCUUCCAGAGUGCACUCUCUACAUAAGGCAAAGAUGGGCAGUAAUUGAUGAGAAUGCGUUGGAACUGGCUAGGUGUUGUCUGUAAGAGAACUGAGUAUCCAAAAAAAAAAAAAGACAAGUAGUAGAGUUUUGCUAUCUUCUUAGCAUAGCUGCCUACUGUCUUUUGAAUGAAGCGUGCAAGCCAAGAUCCAGUCUCUCCAAUUUCAAUUAGACUCAUUGUAGUGUGUUUUCUUUACUAUGGAGAAGAGAUAUAACGGCUUUUACCCAUUUUUUUCUUGAAAGUUGGAAGAUUUGGCUUUAGUUGUAAAGAAGGGAUUAUGUACUAAAGUAUUCAAUUUGGAUUUUGUUUCAUUGUACACUGCUUAUGAACAUUUAACUGUUUUCAGUUGUCUAAAUAAAAUGCCUCUUGAAACUUGUAUCUUACUGUUUAGCAUUGGGCUCCUGGAAAAGCAACCAAGUUACUGCAUAAUCCUUUCUAGCAUCUAUUUUUUUUUCUGUAUACUAAACAAAGAGGGAAAGGAAUAAGAGUGUUUUAGUGUUGGGACAGCAAGUGGCAAGUUCCUUGAUUUAUAAGCCUUGUCUUUUUAUUCUUUAAAGUUUGAAUGUAAAAAUGAGUCUCUAAAAUCAAAACCUCGAAUUCCUAAACUAAACGUACUGCCUGAAACAUUUGGUUGUACAUGAAAGUACUAGAGGUUGGCUAUGAAUCUGUACAAAGCUUCGGUUUAGUCCUCUAGACUGACUAAAAAGUUACUCUUUCAAGAUUAUACAUCAUAUUUUCUUCAUUAAAGAAAAUAUUGCCAUUC